AUGCUUCACCGGGCGGACCUCCCCAUAACCGCCAUAGUCAUCUCGGACGGGUUCUGGCAGGCCGCGGUUAUACAGGAAGCCCGCGGCGGCAAUGAAAGCCAUAGCCAUGCAGGACCCGGCCAGGGUCGGGGUGACAAAGCCCAGGACGACGAAGAUGCCCAUGAUAAUGGCGGUCCUCUUGGUAUACUUGAAAUCCGGGAGCUUGACAAUGCCCUGCAGCCAGCUCGGGAGGACGAACCUCUUCUUCUUGACGGGGGGCCUGUCGUACGGGCUGUCCCUAAUCUUGGGCAUGAGCGAGCCCGACAUACGCUGCUGCAGCUUGUCCUCGAAAAUCUUGUCCUUGUACACGUCGAGCAUCAUGAGCUUCUUUCGGUCGUCUGCGUACUUGAUGGAGAGGCGCUUGACGGCAGCGUCGACGUCGUCGUACGUGGCGUCCUCGGACACGCCCAGCGCGCGGUACGGGUUGGACGCGGAGGACGACCGCCCACCCUUGGCGGGCGCGUUGCGGUUCUUGCUCCCGAAUCCGAACAGCAUGCGCGGCGGGCGCCGCUGCCGGCACAGGGACGGCGGGCCCGCACGCAGCGCGGCACCCGCGAACGACGACUGCGUCAGUACGUAGGGCGCGCGCGUCGGUACCAGGAGCGGGGGGACGAAGGCCAUCGCAGAGGGCGGGGCCGAAGUGUGCGGGGUGGGGGUGCGGAAUUGGGGCGUGGGGCGUGGGCCGGGGGGGGGAAGGGAGUGGGGGGGCGUGGGGGGGUGUAG